GUCAUGUUUAAAUUGUUAUCAAUAUUGGUUUUUUAUAUUGUAAUAAUCCACAUAUGAACCAAUGUAGGUUUUUGAGGCACCAUGAGAACCAGGGCCAAGAUUCUGUUGGUGUAACCCCAAAAUUUUAGUUGACCAAGUAUAUUACUAUUUGCAAUACUUGGUGACCAAUGUGUGCAUCAAUCAACAAAGAGUGCUUCAUGAUCCAAAUUCAUGGCUUGAUGCCCCUAUGCAGACACCCCCAUUCAUCUCCUUCAUCACCACUGUUUUCUAGCGAAAUCCCACAACAAAACUUGUUUCUUCUCAAAUUCACGAGGGAGGAGCCCUGAGACUCUGCAAAUUCAUCUCCAUCUCUCGAACUCUAUGGCUGAUCGCGCCGAUCCUUCUCCUUUGGUUGCACCUUCUCUGAUCACUGAACCGACCGAGAUCGACUUAGAAGCCGGUCCCGGGGAACAAAUUCAGUGCCGAAUUUGUCUCGAAACCGAUGGCAGAGAUUUCAUUGCACCUUGCAAGUGCAGAGGGACAUCAAAGUACGUUCAUCGGGAGUGCCUUGAUCAUUGGCGUGCUGUGAGAGAAGGGUUUGCAUUUGCUCAUUGCACAACAUGCAAGGCUCCAUAUCAUUUAAGAGUCCACGUUCUUGCUGACAGAAAAUGGAGAACCAUGAAGUUCCGUUUCUUUGUUACCAGAGACAUUUUGUUCAUCUUUCUUUCUGUACAGCUCGUGAUUUCUUUAUUGGCAUAUUUGGUGUAUCUUAUCGAUGGACACCAUAAGUUUUGGCUUCGCCUUGUCUGGGGUUUCGAUAGUGAAACCAGCUUCUACUACAUAUGUGGUGCGUUGUUAUUUUUCGCACUGCUUGGUCUAUCGGGAUGUUUUAUAACAUGUUAUGAUCGAAGAGUCCGUAAUGAUCUUGCUCAGCCUUGUAGAGAAUUAUGUCUUUGUUGCUGUCAACCAGGAGUUUGUGCAGAUUGUCAUCUACCUGGGACACUGUGUAUGUGGACGGAUUGUACAACGUGCUUUGAGAGUUGUGCAAGUGCAGCUGGUGAAUGUGGUUGUUUAGGGGGUGCAGUGUGCUUGUGGCUACAAUGGUGGGACAAAGGAUUUGGCAAAGACAUUAUCAUAUUUUAG